AUGACUCGUCCACAGAAGAGAUCACUCAGUCUCAAGCAGACACAACAGAUGCUUUCCAAAGUGUUUGGAGGUGGCUCUGUGUCACUGUCCGACAUCAGAGGUGACCCUACCAAGAUCCUUGCUCACGGUGAUAUCACAUGCCAAUAUGGUGAUGGAUCAUUGGCCGUCAAGACAUUUGUUAACAACUUCUUGUUUGGUGGAUCAGUCUACAACUUGGGAACAGAGAAGCAUCAAAAGUUGGUGCCAUCAAUCGAAUCUGGAGAGUUGUUGGGAUGCUUUGCAAUGACAGAGAUGGGACAUGGAUCCAAUGUUAGAGCAUUGGAGACUACAGCUACUUAUGACCCAGAGACCAAUGAGUUUGUGAUCAAUACCCCAAAGAGAACGGCAACAAAGUGGUGGAUUGGUAAUGCUUGUCAUGCUGUGAUGGCCAGUGUAUUCGCCAGACUCAUUCUAAAUGGAAAGGAUCAUGAGGUACACUGUUUCUUGGUACCAAUUCGUAAAGCCAAUGGUAUAACACCGAUGCCAGGAGUCAAGAUAGGUGAUUGUGGUCCAAAGUAUGGAGUGGACGGUGUUGAUAAUGGUUGGUUCAUAUUCGAUAACGUUAGGAUACCGUACGAUAACCUCUUGGACAGGUUUGGCAGCAUUGAGAAUGGCAAGUACACCUCGCCAAUCAAGAGUCCAUCCCAACGUUUCGCCACAGUCCUCUCACAGACCAUCACAUGUCGCAUGCUGAUCGCGUUCAAUACUGGUCGCAUGCUUAAGGUGUUGGUCGCGAUUGCCACGAGGUACGCUACUAAGAGAGUGCAGUUUGGAGCCCAGCCUGGCGCACCAGAGACAGCAAUCAUUGAGUAUCCAACACAUUAUACUUGUUUGAUGCCGAUGAUUGCCACGUCAUUCGCGUUCGAUGCGGUCAAGUCGUACUUGGCAAGGAGGUUCAAGGAGAGGUCCACCGACAACGAGGUCCAUGUGUUGGCAUCAGGUUUCAAAGCAGCAAUCAGUCAUUAUUGUACUGUUGCCGCGGCAGAGACACGUCGACUAUGUGGCGGCCAUGGAUACUCGGGCUACUCUCGUUUCGCCCAGAUCAUCGCGGGAUUGGACGUGUGUAGGACAUUCGAAGGAGACAACACAUUGUUGUAUCAACAAGUUGCCAAGGACUUGCUGACACAGUACAAGAAGGAGUACUCGUCCAACAAGUUCACUGGUGCGCUCAAGUAUCUUGGUGAGAGUACAAGAUUGUUGUUGAGUGAGCAUAACCCAUUCGCUGGUGACAUUACCGACAUGGACUUCCUUCGCCACUGUAUGGAGUUCCGUUCAUCCCGUCUCCUAGUCGAUGCCGCCAACACAGUCGCCAAGGCCUACAAAGAGACUAAAGUUGCAUUUACCGCAUGGAACCAAUCACUUGAGACACUUGUGCAUCUUGCCAAGGCACACACAGAGACGAUCAUUGCGAUCAACUUUAUCGAAGCGGUUGAGACUGAGAAGGAUAAGGAGAUGAAGAUGAUGUUGGAGAAGUUAUGUCGUCUGCAUAUCUUGACAAGGAUCCGCGAGGACUUUGAAUUCUAUCGUGGCACCAGAUAUCUAGCACGUGGACAUGUCAACUCAAUAGUUCGUGCCAUUUCAGCACUAUGUCUCGAGCUAUCCAAACAGGCUACACUACUUGCCGAUGCACUGGGAUGUGAAGAGGAACUAAUCAAUGCACCAAUAGCCAUGGUGGAUGGUGACAUCUACGAGCAUAUCUUUGCACGCGUCGGUCCAUUUGACCUUGACAACUAUCCCGAGGAGAUGAGAGCGAAGCUGUAA